AUGUCAGGGGUAAACGAAGCGAUCGUUGAUGACAAAGCACCUGCGUCCAGCGAGACAAUAAAUAGCAACAUGGACUGCAAGUCUCGUUCGAUGGAGCUGACGCACAGUAACUACACUGUGGGUUGGGUCUGUGCGCUGUCAAAGGAGCAGACUGCAGCAACAGCAAUGCUAGAUCGGAUACACCCAGAUCUACCAAAACCACCCAAUGACCAUAAUACGUAUACUUUGGGUUCUAUCGAGAGAGACAACAUCAUCCACAACAUCGUCAUAGCUUGCCUGCCGAAAGGCAAGUACGGCACUAAUUCAGCGGCGACGGUCGUGACCCGCAUGGUUAGCACCUUUCCGUCUAUCAAAUUCGGCAUCAUGGUUGGGAUUGGUGGUGGUAUUCCACCCAAGGUCAGACUCGGGGAUGUCGUGGUCAGUUCGCCUGUUGACCAGUACCCUGGGGUGGUUCAGUGGGAUAUAGGCAAGGCAGAAGAAGGCGGUACCUUCAAACGGACUGGGGCGCUGAAUAACCCCCCGAGCGCCCUGCUGACAGCACUGGCAAAGUUAGAGACCCAGCAUGAGAUGCAUGGCUCUAAGAUACGUGAUCAUCUCGAUGAUUUGGGAAAGAAAUAUCCCAACCUAGCGUCCAAAUACACUUGGUCCGAGUCCCUCAAAGACCCACUCUUCACCCCAGACAUCCCUCAUCACCCUCGGAGCAGAUGGCAUGCCAUAGUUUCUAUAAUUUUGGAGAACAUCCUGGCUCUGGUUGGGUGUGUCAUAGGUUGGUGGGUGUUUGCUCCCAUAGAUCGUGGCGCGGAGCAGAUUACAAGCACACAGACUCGGAGCAGGCAUGGGAAUACACGCGUGCAUUAUGGUCUGAUCGCAUCCGGUAACCAGGUGGUUAAGGACGCUGGGUUUCGCGACAGCCUUAAUGAGAGUCUUGGCGGGAACGUGUUGUGCGUUGAAAUGGAGGCGGCAGGGGUCAUGAAUGAUUUCCCAUGCCUUGUUAUCCGGGGAAUUUGUGAUUACGCCGACUCACGAAAGAAUGACCGUUGGCAGGAAUACGCUGCUGCUGUAGCUGCAGCUGAAGGACGUCCUUCUCGAGGGUUAGCUAUCCCUGAGACUGUCUGUGGGAUUUUUGUCAACCUUCUAACGAAAUACAUAGUUCUUGAUACAAUGCAGAGAACCGACACCAAUGUGGGAACAAUCCGGUCCAAGUUGAACAGAGAAGAAGACCUCGAAGUCCUUAAUUGGCUUACAUCGGUCGACUACGGUCCUCAGCAUAGUGACUUUCUGAAAAGGCGACAACCGGGAACUGGCAAAUGGUUCUUAGAUUCUGCUGAGUACCAGACUUGGCUAAGCUCAAGCAACCAGACGUUAUUCUGUCCAGGCAUUCCUGGAGCAGGAAAAACGAUCCUGACCGCAAUUGUCAUUGACGACCUUACUGUACGGUUUCCGCUCGACCAAUCUUUUGGAAUUGCAUACAUAUACUGCAACUUCCGCCGGCAAAAUGAGCAGAAAGUGGAAGACUUACUUGCCAGUCUCCUAAAGCAGCUAAGCCAAGGGCAGCCUUCCCUACCGGAAAGUGUUGGCAGUCUUUAUGACAGGCAUAAAAACAAGCGGACACGACCAUCAUUUGACGAAAUCUCGAAUGCUCUUCGGGCCGUGGCGGGCAUAUAUUCGAGAGUCUUCAUUCUCGUUGAUGCGCUUGAUGAAUGCCAAGUAUCUGAUGAUUGCCGAACAAAAUUCCUGACAGAGAUCUUCCACGUCCAGGCAACAUGCGGUGCGAACAUCUACGCCACUUCAAGGUUUAUCCCACAAAUAUGGGAGAGGUUUAACGGCAGCAUUACCUUGGAAGUCCGUGCAAGUGAUCAAGACGUGCAACAAUAUCUGAAGGCUCGGAUAGUGCAAUCGGAAUCGAAGCUUUUGGCCUCAAUCAGUGAAGAGAUUCAAACAGGCAUCACAAAAGCUGUAGAUGGAAUGUUUCUCCUAGCCCAGCUUCACUUCGACUCAGUAAAAGCAAAGAAAACAGUCAAAAGAAUCCUGGAGACCAUAAAAAGCCUUUCAAAAGGGUCUGAAGCAUACAAUCAUGCGUACAAGGAUGCCAUGCAGAGAAUUGAGGGGCAGGACAGAGACUCCCGACAGCUUGCAAUGGAUGUCCUAUCGUGGAUUGUCUGCGCGAAGAGUCGGCUUAAUACGUCGCAACUGCAGCACGCACUUGCUGUGGAAGCUGGUGAGCCUGAACUUGAUAAAUACAACCUUCCACAAGUUGAGGACAUGGUCUCUGUUUGUGCUGGGCUGGUUACAGUCGAUGAAGAAAGCGGAAUUAUCCGGUUGGUCCAUUAUACAACACAGGAGUAUUUCCAGCAAACACAGACACAUUGGUUUCCAGAUGCAGAGGCCAAUAUCACGAGAAUCUGCGUGUCUUAUCUCUCAUUUCGUUCGUUUGAGGGCGGGCCUUGUCAAUCUCUUUUUGAAUAUGAAUGGCGCCUGCGGUUAAACAAGCUCUACUAUUACUCUGCAACCAACUGGGGACAUCAUGCUCGUGGGGCUUUGACUUUAUGCCCAGAAGCCAUAACCUUUCUACGUUGCACGUUGAAGGUAGAGGCAUCAAGCCAGGCCUUAAUGGGUGGCGAAGUUUACUGGCCGUUUUCAGCGAGAACGCACAUGACAGGUCUUCACUUGGCGGCAUACUUCGGGAUUGAGGAGGCGGUUAAGGCUCGCCUUCAAGAAACAUUGGAAAUUAAUGCGAAUAAAACUGAUGAUCAAGCACCACCGGGCGACGACUUGGAGUCAAAAGACUUCUAUGGCCGAACGCCGCUGUCAUGGGCUGCAGGGGAAGGCCAUGGAGCGGUAGUCAAGUAUUUGGUUGAGAAGGGUGCUGACUUGGAGUCAAAAGACGAAGACUAUGGUCGAACGCCGCUGUCAUGGGCUGCAGAGGAAGGCCAUGGAGCGGUAGUCAAGUAUUUGGUUGAGCACGGUGCUGACUUGGAGUCAAAGGACGAAUACUAUGGUCGAACGCCGCUGUCAUGGGCUGUAGAGAACGGCCAUAAGGCUGUGGUCAAGUAUUUGGUUGAGAAGGGUGCUGACUUGGAGUCAAAAGAUCACUGUGGCCGAACACCGCUGUUAUCGGCUGCAGAGCAUAGCCAUGAAGCGGUAUUCAAGUGUUUAGUUGAGAAGGGUGCUGACUUGGAGUUGAAAGACAACAAUUGUCAAACGCUGCUGUUCUUGGCUGCAGAGAAAGGCCAUGAAGCUGUGGUCAAGUAUUUGGUUGAGCACGGUGCUGACUUGGAGUCAAAAGACGAAGACUAUGGUCGAACGCCGCUGUCAUGGGCUGCAGAGGAAGGCCAUGGAGCGGUAGUCAAGUAUUUGGUUGAGCACGGUGCUGACUUGGAGUCAAAGGACAAAUACUAUGGCCGAACACCGCUGUUAUGGGCUGUAGAGAACGGCCAUAAGGCUGUGGUCAAGUAUUUGGUUGAAAAGGGCGCUUGCCUGGACCUGAAUGACAACGACGAAGCGGAUGCUGUUGUUAUUGGCUCUAGGCAACGGGCAUGA